CACGGCCCUCGGGGUGCCGGUGCCCGGCUGCGCAGGAGCGCCCGCUGCGUGCCAGCGCCAUGGCGGGCGAGGACCGCAGCCACGUUCAGGACCUGCUGAGCCUCUCCUUCCAGUCCCUGGCGUCGAGACACAUGGACCUCAAGCAGAUGGAGCUGGACACGGCCGCCGCCAAGGUGGACGAGCUGUCAAAGCAGCUGGAGUCGCUGUGGACGGCCAGCCCAGGGCCAGCGGCCGGGCAGCCGAAGGGCAUGGACCAGCGCAGCGCCAGCCCGGCCCGGGAGCUGCUGGCCGGGAUGAGCCCCUCCGCCGGCUCUCCGCUGCACCAGCCUCCGUGGAAGGGCAGCUCCUGGGAGGCUGCGGACAGCGGCUACGGCGCCUCCUCGCUCGGCGACGGCUCGCCCCUGCAGCUCCUCCCGGGCACGGCCCCAGCGGGCCGCCCCACCUCGCCGCGGCCGUCCUUCUUCCUGCAGCCCGAGCUGGAGCGGCCCCCGGCCCCGGCCACCCGGCCCAAGGUGCUGCCCAUGCCCUACGAGCCGCAGCCCAGCCCCACGGUCUCCCCCCGCUCCCUGCGGCCCCCCAGCACCGGCGAGCGCCCCUACGAGUACGUGUCCUAUGCCGCCCCGGCGGGGCGGGCCGGUUCUCCGCGGCUGUCCAUGGAGGGCCCCGGGCUGCAGGCCUUCUUCCCAGAGCGCGGGCCAUCCCCGCGGCCGCCUCUGCCCCCGCCGUACGAGGCCCACAGCCUGUACCCCUCGGCGCCCAGCUCCUUCGCACCCUUCUGGACCCAAGAUGAUCUGGUGAUUCGGAGAAGGGCGCAGAAAGGGUGGAAUGAAUCCGACCUGGACGUGGCCUACGAGAAGAAGCCCCGCCACCCCGCCAGCUACGAGCGAGGAGACACUCAUGGGGGCCAGCGCCAGAACACGGCGGGGCUGCCGUUGGCUCCGUGGAGGGAAUCGAGCCUGGACGGGACCCUCGGACAAGGCAAGGAGGAGCCCUUCGGCGUGCAGAGCGCCACCCUGCCCCGGAAUUACAAGGUCUCCGGGCUGGCCCACGAGCGGCGCAGCGAGAGCUCCUUCCGCCGGGCCUUCCCCGCCAACCAGACGGGCACGCUGCCCCGGAACUGGCAGCCCGUCUCCCGCAUCCCCAUGCCGCCCCAGGGCCCCCCGGCCAGCCUGCCCAAGCGCCACAAGCCCCUGCCCCUCUCGAUGAUCUUCCGGCUGCAGAAUGCGUUCUGGGAGUUCGGCGCAUCCGGCAACAAAUUCCCGCUCUCCCAGGGGCCGCCGGGGUCCCCGCUCUUCCUCCGCUCCCUGCAGAAGCAGGUGCUCCAGCAGCCCCCGCAGUAUGUCAGGAUGAGCCCUCCGGGGAGCGAAGGAAGCGGCAUCUCCAGAGCUGCGGCUGCCCCGGCAGAACCGACCCGCGUGGUCCCGAUCGUCCUGACUGCGGGAGAGACGGAGCCCGAACUGGAGAGCCUCCUGCCGGGCGGGGAGCCGGCCGAGGUGGACGAGCUGGCGCGGCCCCUGAGCCCAACCCGGCUGCAGCCCGUCCUGCCGCCCGAGGCCCAGAAAGUGCCCGAGUUCGAGGAGGUGGCCCGCGUCCUGGCGGAGAUGCCCCGGCCACUGAAGCGCCGCGGCUCCAUGGAGCAGAGCCCCGGCCCGGCGCUGCCGCCCACCCACAAGAAGCAGUACCAGCAGCUCAUCAGCCGGCUCUUCCACCACCAGCCCCGCAAGGAGGAGGCUGCCCCGGCCGGGGACGCCCCCGCGCAGCCCGACCCCACGCCCGGCGGCGAGGCCACGGAGCAUAAGGCCGCUGGGGCCACGGGGCCGCCCUCGGCCCCGGCCGCGCCAGCAUCACCCCUUCCGCCGGCCCCAGAGAGCCCCGCGGCCCUCACACCCUUGCCCAGCCCGGAGAAGCGCUCGGUGCUGCGCGUGGCCUCCUCCCCGCGGAAGCGGCCGCCCAGGAAGGCCCGCCUCAACCCCCUGGUCCUGCUGCUGGACGCAGCCCUGACAGGCGAGCUGGACGUGGUGAAGGAGGCCGUGAAGGAGCUGAACGACCCGAGCCAGCCCAAUGACGAGGGCAUCACCGCUCUGCACAACGCCAUCUGCGGCGCCAACUACCCCAUUGUGGACUUCCUCGUCAGCAUCGGGGCCAACGUCAACUCCCCCGACAGCCACGGAUGGACGCCCCUGCACUGCGCCGCCUCCUGCAACGACACGGCCAUCUGCGUCGCCCUGGUCAAGCACGGGGCGGCCAUCUUCGCCACCACCUUCAGCGACGGCAGCACGGCCAUCGAGAAGUGCGACCCGUACCGCGAGGGCUACAGCGACUGCUUCAACUACCUGGCGGAUGUGGAGGGCAGCAUGGGGCUGGUCAACAGCGGGGUGGUGUACGCCCUGUGGGGCUACAGCGCCGAGCUCAGCGACGAGCUGUCCUUCCGCGAGGGCGAGCCGGUCACGGUGCUGCGCCGCGAUGGCCCCGAGGAGCUGGACUGGUGGUGGGCCUCCCUCUACGGCCAGGAGGGCUACGUGCCCAAGAACUACUUCGGGCUCUUCCCCAGGGUGAGGCCCCAGCAGAGGAAGGCGUGACGUCUCCGAGGCGGCGCUGCCUCCGGCCGGCCGUUCCAGCAGGAGCCUGACCCGAGGAGCGUCUGGCCGGGCGACGGCGCGCCGGGCCGCUUGCUGCCGGUGGAGCUGGCACCCACGGGGGUUGCGUGAUGAUGCCGGAAGGGGGAGCGCUGCACGGGGGCCUCCCCCGCUCGGCGGCUGCUGGCCUGGCUGGGGGCAGAGGGCCACGGGCAGAGAGCUGCACCGCACCCCUGCGUGGCCGGGCUCUCCCCCCGCUUCCACACGGGCCCUCCCAACGUCCGCUGGCGCUGGUAUUCCCGUGCUCUUACCCCUUCCGACGGAAGCAGGGGCAGCUGCCCCAUCAGCCUCGCCACCUCUGUCUCAUGCUGCCCACAACGCAGAGGGGCUGCCUCUGCCCGCAGCCCCCCUCCCCCGGGAGCUCAUUUCGGGACAGGGGCUGCCCAGGCACAUGCUGCAGCCACUUCUCCCUCGCUGAGCCGCCCCGGCUUCCUUGCCCGCCCGGUGCGAGUCCAGAACACACGUCUCCACGUCUCCUCUUGGGAGCUCAGCGCCAAAACGGGGGCCACACUGGGUGGCUGGCGGGACCUGUAGAAGCCGCCUCUUUCUCCUGCAUAGAAAUGGACUGGCCCACAGUGGGAUUGGGUGGCAGAACCUGGCAGGAGCCCCCUCCCCAGCUGGGGGGGGGCUGCGCAGGGAGGCGCUGCAGCCCGGCGAGUUCCUUGCACGUGGCCUCUCCCUGGCCUGAUCAAGCACUGCCUGCACAGGGACCGAGCUUCUGAGGCACGGGACGACGGCCAUGACGCUCGGCUGCAGCCCCCAGAGGCCGGUGGGGAGGCUGCUGAGCUGCACCGACUCCUCGCCUAGCAGGCUCCAGCCUAACAGAGCGGGGGUGAGGCCUGGGGUGGGCUUGGAGAGUUCGGCACAGAUACGAAACCAGUUCCUGUCUGCCGUGUAAGGGUCUGCGCACAGGGAGGCGGCCGCUCCUCCACUUGGCAGCGGGGUGGCAGCAGGGGCUUCUUAGCUUAGACUAUUCCCGCGGGUGUAUCAGUAACCGGCUGAAAAACUGGAGAGAGAGCCAUUAAAAGUGGUACUGUCUGGA